GGCUACCAAAAGCCGGAGGGAAAAAAAACAGAAGAAAUAAGCAGUCUAUCCACCGUCGCGGCGGAGCAGAAACGAAUAUACUAAACCGCCGUCGGUUUCUCUCCAGAAUUCCCUUCCGGCUUAUUGACUGAACGAUCAGAAGUAAAAGAUGAGCGUGAUCGAUAUAUUGACUAGAGUAGAUGCUAUCUGUAAAAAGUACGACAAAUACGACGUCGAGAAGCAGAGGGAUCAGAAUGUUUCCGGCGACGAUGCAUUCGCCCGCCUCUACGCCGUCGUUGAAGCCGACAUUGAAUCUGCUCUUCAGAAAGCUGAGGUUGCGUCGAAUGAGAAAAAUAAGGCAUCUGCUGUUGCUUUGAACGCUGAGAUCCGUCGGAUUAAGGCUCGGUUGGUCGAAGAGGUCCCCAAGUUGCAGAGACUGGCUCUAAAGAAGGUUAAAGGGCUUUCACCUGAAGAGUUUGCUGCCCGGAAUGAUCUGGUACUUGCAUUGCCAGAUAGGAUUCAAGCCAUACCUGAUGGAACUGCAGCUGCCCCUAAACAAACUGGAGGCUGGACAGCUUCAGCUUCUCGUACUGAAAUCAGAUUUGAUUCAGAUGGACGCUUUGAUGAUGAAUACUUUCAAGAAAGUGAGCAGUCAAGUAAACUUAGACAGGAGUAUGAAAUGCGAAGAGUAAAGCAGGAUCAAGGUUUGGAUAUGAUUUCUGAAGGUUUGGAUACUUUGAAGAACAUGGCUCAUGAUAUGAAUGAGGAAUUGGAUAGGCAAGUUCCUCUGAUGGAUGAAAUUGACACUAAGGUGGACAAGGCAGCAGCUGACCUUAAGAAUACCAAUGUUAGACUUAAAGACACUGUCACUCAGUUAAGGUCCAGCAGAAACUUCUGUAUUGAUAUCAUUUUGUUGUGCAUAGUUUUGGGAAUUGCUGCAUACUUGUACAAUGUUCUAAAGAAGUGACGUGGUGCAAAGAAUUACUUGGAUGUAUUGACCAGUGCUGCUAUUGGCUUUCCUUGUAUUCACAUUUGAGGGCUCGCUUUUGUGCUUGGUUCUGUAUUUGGUUGUUUCUUGCGUUUGGAAGUCAUUCUUGACAUUGGGAAAAAUUGAGUUGUCUUUCCAUACAAAUUUGACGUCUGUAAUGUCUGUAUAUUAUUCUACUUGCAAUUGUUUGAUCUCCUUAAUUGAAAGUGGUACUUACUCCCUCAAUUGGACUUCUUU